CCCUGCCGCGCGGCGCCGUGGGAGCCAUGGCGGCGGCCAGGCUCUGCAGAAUUAGGACUAAAGUCUGCACGGCACCAUCUUCCGGGAGAUGUCUACAGAACAAGCUCUGGACGGGGUCAUGGAAGAAGGAAGGUGCUCCUCUGCCCUGUUUGCAGCCUCAGAACUGGCGACCUAGUGCUGGGAGUCGUUACCUGGGGAGGCGGUGGGAGCCGUCUGUGGGUCUGUGCCGUUCGGCCCCCGCUGCUGCCAUCCCCAAAAAGGCUCUGGAGGAGAAAGCAGAAGAAUUCAAACUGGUCUACAGGUUUCCGUGGAUUAAGUACUGCAGGGUCCUGUCCAGACUGAAGCUGUUACAGACAGCCACCACCACGGUCACGCUGCCUCCCAUCUGCUACCUCUACCUGCAAGACCAGGUUUCUCAGGGUGUCCUCUUGUACACCACUGGCAUCGCGCUCUUUGCCGGUGCCAUGCUCUAUGGGAUGAGCUACUUUUUCAGACGAAUUAUUGGAUUAAUCUACUUAAAUGAAACUGGCCAUACCGUCAGAGUGGCCCACUUGACCUUCUGGGGAAGACGGAAUGACAUUUACUGUCCCAUAGAGACAGUGAUGACUUUGGAUGAAGUUGGAGAUAGCAAGGGGGAGCUGCUUCUCCAGUUCAAGCGGUAUAAUAGCACGGAUAUUUUAUAUUUUACAAUUAAGUUUGGCCAGAUUGUAGACAAACAGAGGUUUACUCAAAUAUUUGGAAAACUGGAGUGAUACAGCAGUUAAUUUCCAGUGAUUUUCCUUGUUGCAUGUUCAUUGUGCUUAUUCUCCUGGGAAGUUUAAUUAGUUUACUAGACUGAGGUACUGAUUUUCCUGAGCAAAGCCUGCUGGUAAGUGCACUCGGUGUAGACAGUAGAAAUGGUAAAGAACAACCCACUGGAUUCAGUGUCUCCGCAGCUUGUGUAAGGUGUGAGCAGCGUCUCUUCCGUGUUGGGUACAGCCCCGUGCCUGGUUUCCUGUCACUGCUGCCCUGCUUGGAGCGGGCAGGAGGAGCCAAGUCUGACCCUGACCCUCUCAGCCAGCCUCUUGGAGUGUUUGGAACAGGAAUAACUUUUGAAGCAAAAUGCAGUAACUCUGCCAGACAUCUGCAUGAUAAAUUCAUUGUUUCUUUUAGCGGAUUUUAGGUUGACUGGGAAGCCUCUUGGAAUUCAAACUUGUGUGAAACGUGUGUGGUAAACAGUGCUGGGUGUCAGAGGUAGGGGCUCCUGCAUUGGUGACACGGGGUGACUGGGAGGAGCGGUAGGUGAUGCUGUGUGAGGUGCCUGGGGUCUCGUGGGAAGGUCUUCCAGGAUGUGAAUGUAACUGGGCAGAACAAGGGGGUGUGCUGUAAGACACAGUUCAGCUGUAAGUGUCAGCUGAAGACGGGGACAGCGUUUCUGGAGCCUCUCAUAGAGACUGCUUCCCCCUUGGAAUAAAGGGAAAACGUACCCAGGCGACGGUGCUGUGAGUUACAGGGACAGUCUGGCGUCCUUCCUUCAGUUUGGAUCCUAAUCAUCAUCUGAAAACUUGGAAACACUUGUCCUUCUUUGCAUAUAUUCAUGUUUGUGUUUGUUUUGUAUGUAUGAAUGACAUUUAAUCAAUGCUGUAACACUUGAGUUGCAAAAACUUCAGUAAAUGUUACAAGAACUCUCUCA